AUGGACGCCGGCGAUGAUGCAGCUUUCGCCCUCUCGCUCAUGCUCAUUGGCAGUGUGGCGCAAUUUGUAAUCACGCUCGUGAUCGCAUUCGUCCGUACGGGCUACUCCUGGAACGUCGUCAGCGGUGGCAUCUGCACCUUUAUGGGCGUCCGCAUUGGCACUGCCUGGAAUGCCAUGGUCAGCUUCUAUGUGCUGGGAGCAGAUGCCAGCGCCGAUAGCAAGAUUAUCGCCGGCGGCCUGCUUUCCGUCGGUUGGUAUCUUCUCCUUCAGGUGGUCUUGGCCUGGGUCUGCGGGCUUUUCAAGCAUGCAGGAAAUCGAGGGCAGACGGACAUCGUCCGCAUGGUGUUAAAUCUGAAGUGUUGGGCCGUCAUGUUGGGUAUCAUCACAGGUGCGAGCUCGAUGGGCUUCUUCAGCAGCAUCCAGGACAAGAUGCCUGUGGCAGCUUGGCGACACCAGAUUUGCAGUGUCGACUUCGCUCGGGCUGACAGUGGCGAUGGUGACGAUGACGAUGACGACGAUGUUGGGUGGUAUCCGGAUGCAAGUGCAGAGGCUGCUCGGAUGGAUGACGGCGAAGUCGACAUCUACGAGGAGGCUUGGGACAAGUACACGGACCAGACCGAGGAUGUGGUGAUUGCCCUGACGGUGGGACAUCUCGUCGUACAAACGUCACGCUACUUGAUGACGGGCACCCUGCCGCUUCCGACGGGUGAGGUACGGCCCGGCACGGAGAUCGAGGAGACUGACGUGUGGAGGCUGGCAGGCUCCAGCUUCAUCUACAUCUCCUUAAUCAUCGGGAUCCAGUUCUGGAAGCCCCAGACCGAUUUCGGGAAGAUGGUGCAGCGGCGUGGUGGGCAGAUACUGGCCAACUGCACGGCCUUCGCUCUCUUCUACAGCACCACCUGGUAUGCAAAGGAGAUGCUGGAGCUGUCUGGGCCGGCUCAAAGCCUCGUGGUGGCCCUAGGGGUGACGUGGUGCGCCUUCAUCGCCCUGCUGUUGUUGGACUACCUGGCCGACCUCGAGUGCACGGGAGAGCGCUUCGACCGGGCCUUGCGGCAGAUGGUAGCCCCAAUCUCGGUGUUCAUCGGCUUCGGCUGGAAGGGUGCCUUCGCCGCGGCGGGCGCCACGCUGGUUCAGGAU